AUGAUAAUCAUACACGAGUAUCCACUUUCAAUAGUAGAACAUCAUGGGUUCCGAAAGUUUGUAGGGGGUCUUCAACCUUUGUUUAAGGUUUCGUCUCGAAACACCAUUAAAAGUGACAUACUAAAGAUUUAUGAUUUUGAAAUACAAAAGACAUUGAAGAUGUUAGAGAAGAACACCUCUAGGAUAGCAAUUACGACUGAUAUGUGGACGACUAACAAUCAAAAAAAGGGAUUUAUGGCGGUCACUGCUCACUUUGUUGAUCAAAAUUGGAAUAUGAAAAGUCGGAUCAUGAGAUUUAUUUAUGUGCCUUGUCCACAUACAUCUGUAGUUCUUGCGGAUGUACUUUAUGAUUGUUUAUUGGAUUGGAAUCUUGAUAGGAAACUGUCCACACUAACUGUUGGAAUCUUGUUGGACAGGCUUCCUAUGAGUUCACUUAUGAUGGGUGGGAGGUUGUUCCACAUGCGAUGUUGUGCACACGUUCUCAAUUUGAUAGUUCAAGAUGGAUUGGCUGUUCUUGGGGACGGGAUUGAAAGGAUUAGAGAUAGUGUGGCCUUUUGGAUUGCAUCACCAAAAAGAGAUCAAAAGUUUGAGGAAGCAGCUCGCCAAUUGAGAAUAUCAUCCACCAAGAAAUUGGCACUUGAUUGUAAGACUCAAUGGAACUCUACUUAUUUGAUGAUUAGUGUUGCUAUAGUUUACAAAGACGUCUUUCAACGCUUACACCAACGAGAGUCUCAGUAUAAAAAUUUGCCAACGCAACGGGAUUGGGAGUUUGCUAAAGAGAUUUGUGAUAGAUUGCAAUUAUUUUAUGAGGUAACAGUAAUGUUUUCUGGUUCAAAGUAUCCCACUACAAAUGUAUUUUUUUCCAUCGAUAUGUGA